AGUUCUUCUUAUGGACCUUCUACGGGACAAGGACCUCGACCUAAUGGAAAUGUACUUCAGAACGGCGGCAGGGCUGCAUCAUUCCUGAUCCCGUCGAAAGGUUAUGGAGCUGGGAUGAACAAAGGAGUAGGAAUAAAUGGAGGAAGAACCGGAGCCGCUAAUGGAUAUGGAGCUGGACCAGCAAAUCUACAAAAAAUGAAAGGUUUUGGUGCUCAAGCUGGUGGAUAUGGCAGACAAGCAUCUAAAGGUAAUGGUGCUGCAGCUGCUUCACAAAGUGGAUUUGGAAGUAUAGGCAACGGGUAUGGAGUUAUAUCUGGACCAACCACUCUACAACAAAUCAAAGGCUUCCAGGCUCCAGCUGGUCGAUAUUUAGGACAAGCAACCAAAGGCAACGGUCAAAGACUUACAGGUGGAGCGUCGAGUAGCAAUGAAGGAAGGCCAAAUGGCCAGGGACAUGGAGGGAACCACCUGAAGGGAUAUGGCCGCCCUCAUUAUAUUCCAGCUGUGGGAAUGGGGCAAUUCAGAGGCCCCCAUCCUGCCAGAGACCAAGGGAAUGUGUAUGGUGGUAAUAGCUACAGAACUCAUCCAACUAAAGGUUUCAUUGGAGGUUAUGGUGGAGCUGGUUUGAGUCUGGGAUCUCUGUAUGGAAAUGGCGUAAAGGGACCAAUGAAAGGUUACAGUGCUUCAGCUGGUGUAUCCAAUGGACAAGGUUCACAAUCCAAUGGUCGUGCUGGAGUCAGAUCACCAAAUGGGUUUGGAAAGUCAAGAACUGGAGCUGCCAAGGCUGCGAAAGCAGGAUAUGGAAGUACCAGAGGAGCUGCUUUAGGACCCCAAAUAGGGUAUGCAAAUGGAGCAACUCCCAAUGGGUUUGGAUCCAACCGUGAAGGUUAUGCAGCUUUGAAAGGAUUUGGUCCUCAAAUGAAAGGCCAUGGAGCUGGACGUGUUGCUGCGCUGGGGGGUUACCAACACCAACCUGAGGGUUUCGGGUCGGUGACUGGAAAAGGUCAAGCUGCAAGAGGAGCAGCUUCAUCGGGUGGAAACGGCCUGAAAGGCGGAGUCCUGCCGACUCAGCAACAGGCUGCUGCUUCCAGUCCCACCGCUGGCUUUCACUACCUGGGGCCAAACGAGAAGCACCAGAACCUGGCUUCACCUGCGUCACAAGAUAAAACGUACAAACAGAACCGGCUGCACCUGGGCUCCGGUCCAGAGUCGGCUCCAGCUUUACAGAGAUACCCAGAGCCUCAGCACGGACUCGAACCGGCAACUUUGGGUCAAAAAAGAACCAAAUAUGAAACAGAACCUGGAGCGGUUCUUUCUCCAGAAUCAGAUGUUGUUUUUGGUGAAGACGGAACCGCUGACCCCGAAAGAACCAGAUCCAUAAAAACCAAAGCCGCUGCUGCUGGUUCAGAGGCAGAAAACAUCCGUCCUGAUGCAACACCGAGCGCGUCUGCAGCAAAGGAAACGGGCUGCAAGAGCGCCCCUAGUGGGAAAACUGGUAAACGGAGUCCGGAGUCGGACUGCAUGCAAAAUGGGAGAAUUCAAGGAGCCAAAGCAGCCAAACCCGACUGUGGACCAACCGGACAAUGGAUGAAGAGGCUAAAAUCUGGGAGUGGAGGCGGUGCUAAACCUGGUUUCGGACAAGGCGUCUACCCUGCAGCUGGAUACGGAAACCAAUAUGGAGCUCUUGGUCAGAUUUUGCCUGCUGCUGAACAGUCGGGUGGAACCACUCAGGUUUCAUUUGGUGAAGCUCCUGCUGGAUUUGACGGAAUAAGUCAGUUGGAGGCUCAGCCUGCAGGCCUUCUUCCAAACGGAGCGCCUCCUGGUGGUCAGACGCUCGGACUGACUGCGGAGAAAUCGAACUCCAAAUACGGUGUUGGCGGGCUGCAGUUUGGGGAACCUGUCCAUCUGGGAACCAACGGGGCGGGAAACUACGGUUACGGAGUUAACCUGCAUCUGCCUGCAGGCAACGGUAAAGCAACUGGAAAAUACGGCUACGGAGGCGUCCUAAACGGUGGGCAGCUUUUAGGCCUGGGUAAUCAUGGAAAUAUUCCAGGUUAUGGGACUCUUCCUUAUGAAGCUCAACCAGCUGGAUUUACUCCGGAAGCGAUUUCUGCCAGCCAAUAUGGCCUCAUUGGAUCGCCGUAUCAUCCUGCACCUUCUGGAUCUGGAUAUAACGGGAAAUCAGCUGCAAAAUAUGGUGGUGGAGAGACUCCCUACGCGCCACAGAUUCUUGGUUUGGGAGAAGCAAAAUCAGGAAAAUACGGUAAACAGGAAGCUCACCAGUCUCAGCCUCUUGAAUCUGCAGCUGGAGAGAACGUGGGCUACUUAAAAGGACAAGUGAAGCCAGAAGCGGUUGCAUUUCCCACUUCCAGUCCGUCCCUGGAGGACUCGCCAGUCCUUGUAGGCUCCUUCACACUGGAUGAAGGUGUGCAGGAUUUAUCCGAUGGCACGGCGGGUUUACUGGACUCUUCACCUGCUACAGAGACGCAGGGCGAAUCUCACCUGUCUGAGAAUCCGGAUGACCUGCAGCUGCCGCGGCAGAUACAAAUUCAGCAACAACUCAAGCUGCAUUUCCACCCUCAAGGAGGAAAGAAAUAUGACUUGAAUGGAUUCUUUGGGAACAGUGACCACCAAGAUUGACUCAGCUGAGAAAACAACAUGUUCCCUAUUUUGUUGUUUUCAGUUUUGUGUCAUAUUUGUACAUUAUUUGUAUGGAUGUCGGCCAUUUUUAUGCAAAAUCAUCGUAUGGGCCAGUUGACUUAUGAAAUUGCCAAACUGCAAUAUUCGUUAGCCUCACAAUAAUGAAUUUAGAAAUCAGUUAAUCUUGAAUAAUUAGUGUCUCUGCUACAAUGUAAGGUUUUUGUCAGGCUUUUACAUUUAUGUUAAUAUCUUGUUUGUGAGAUAUUAAGAUUUACAUUGUUUUAUUUUGGAUAAACGCACCAGAACGUGUGUAAAAUGCUAAAGGUUAAACAGUCGAAACAUGGGCUUUCCAUCUUUACUUUAA